AUGCCAAACACCACCACAACACCACCACCCACCUUCACGGCCUGCAACAAAGUCUGGUCCCUCCCCGAACCCCGCAACCACAUCCUCCUCUCCCUCCCUCUCCGCGACCUGCGCAAAGCCCUGCUUGUCUGCCGCGACUGGUCCUCCCCCAGCACGCCCAUGCAAGAAGUCGUCUUCCUCAAACCCCGCGGCUCCCACCGCAUCGACAUCGUACCGAGCGAGGACUCCGCCGAAAACUACUACAACGAGAAAGGCUGGCGGGAUCCCUGGAUGCUCAAGCUGCGAGGCCGCGAGAGGCGGUGCAAGCCGGUCCUGAACCCUUUCUUCCCAUUCGAUGACGGCCGUGUCCCGACGAAUGUCCUCUUCUUCCGCCAGAGCGCGGCGUGGCAUUCCGCGGAUGCCACGUGGCCGGACGAGCUAUUCCUGCAGCCGCCGGCGGUUCGCGUCAAAUUUGUGUGUCUCGGGGGGUAUCUGUCGAAUGCGCUGGAGCCGCCUAGCAAUGAGGAUAUGGAUGCGAUGUACGAGGGCGUGGAGGUUGUCAAUCCGUCGGGGGUGACGCUGGGGGAGGUUGUGGUGGCGCUGAAGGGGCAUGUGAAUGAGUGUGAGGAUUGUGAGUCUUGGAUGCAGGCUGCGGCGGAUCAGUUGUUGUGGCAGUUUCAUGGGUCGAGGGAGGUGGUGGGCUUGAACUCGGAUGUGACGGGGCUGGAGAUGUUGCGGGUUAUGCGCGAGUGUUGA